UCUUUUAGCUCCCCGCACUGGAUUUCCAAGUGACAAUGUUGUGGAGGCAGGAAAAAACCAAGAGCUUGUCGCGCUUCCAUUGAAAGUGAAUUUACGUUCCUCAUGGAGAAAACAGCAGCAACAAGUUGGGAGUCAUGAGCACAGGUGUGAAGAAGCCUCCAUUAGCUCCCAAACCUAAAUUUCCCGUCGUGGCCAAACUCCCUCCCAUCGCCCCCAAACCAGGCCCGCUCAGCACGUCCCCCCCCGUUUCCUCCCAGCCUUCCCCCGCCACUCUCAAGAGGACAAAGCCGGCCCUCGCCCCGAAGCCCUGCGUCCCAAAAUCCACAGGCCCUCUCCCCCCCGCCGCCGCCUCGCCGCUUCCCAAAGCUCACCUUAUCUUAUCUCCUCCUGGGCAGGAUCUUCCCGAGGACAGCCUCUCGCUGCUCAACACCACAAAUGGGAUUUUAUCGGAGCGUGAAUCGGACUAUGUCAUUCCUACGUGCGCCUGCGGGCUGCGGGACCGCUGCCGGUGCCAACGUGUGGAGAAUGGCGUCCACGGGCUCAUGAACGGGGAUCUCGAAGGAACGCCGACCACCGGACCGGAGGAACGUUUGCGCGAGGGGGUGAGCAAAAGACCUCGGGACAAGCCUCAGAGACACGUGGACAAAAAGGGGAACGGGACUGAAGCUGACUCGGCGAGCCCUGCGCCCAUCGGCUGUGAUGUUGCAGGCAGCAUCGUUGCCUCCUGUCCACCUUCGGAGUGCAGCAGCCAUUUUCAGGGCGACUCCUCGGUUCCCGCGCCCCCGAGUAAGCCCCUCCCCGUCCCGCAUCCUCGCAGGCGUAAGAAGCCCGCCCUGGUGAGGCAGGACGGCGUGGAAGGCGCGGCUCAGGAUCCUCCUCAGGAGCUGGACGACCUGAGAGAGGAGUCAGUUGGCGAGCCGGGCGCUCCGGUAGCGGGCGCCCCGGUAGCCGGCGCCCCGGUGCCACCUCGCCGCCAGACCUCCCUUUCCCCUCGCCUCUACAGAAUGCAGCGGACCUGUGCAAGACUCAACAAGGUCGCCUCCCAUUCACUCAGCCUGCUCUCCCAGCCUCACCUUGCGGGCGAGGAGCACGGUGGCGGCGAGGAGGAGGAAGACGGCUACGGCGAUUUCAAGCGCUAUCCCGUCACCCACAGCCUCCCCAAGCAGGUCAAACUGGGCUGCCCGCCGCCCAUGCUGCACGCCAAGAAGCCUUGCUCGGCUGAGGAGCGGCGACCGGCGAGGCCGCCGCCCCGGAAACCUCAGAGGCACAGCCUGCCCGCCCCUCCGCCGCCCUCCGUCUGCCUGCCGCCGCCGCCGCCGCCGCUGCCUCCUCACGGUGCCAUGAGGGAGCUGCCCGCGCCCCCCCAGGAGAAAGCUUCCUGGCGCUUUGCCCGGCCGUGCGUGACCUUCUUCAGCCGCCAGAUGCCCACCAGGAGCAGCGUGCCGCCCAAAAGUCGGGCGCCCGCUUUGGGGAGCAAGCAGCGAGCCAAGUCCUUCUCCGCCGCUGACCUGGCCACCCGUGUGGACCCCAACAAGCGGAGCCUCUCCUUCCGGAAGCUUCUGGAGCUGCACGUGCCUGUCAAGAUGCUGCCCAAGCUGCUGGCCAAGGGAGGCCACUCGCUGGACGGCAGCGACGGCGAGUUCAAGCGGGCGCAGCGGCCCAACAGCUGCAUCGGCGAGGUCGGCGAGGUCGGCGGCGACGACGACGACGACGGGAGCGCCGAGUACGAGAACGUGCCUCUGUACGAGGAGAUCCCGGAGUACAUGAACCUGCCCUUCCACGGCGGCGGACCGGGCUGGUCGCAGGACGGCGACGACUCGGACGUCUACGAGGCGCAGGACCCCUACCACGGCUUCCGCGAGGACCACGGCCUUAGCCACCGGCAGAGGAGGGACGUCCACUCGGACGACGACGACGAGGGGGCUCGCAGUUGGGACGAGGACAACAGCUCGUCUUCCAGCAAGGAGCACGUGGACCCGGCGGACCGACAGCUGGAGGACGAGAGCAAGCGCAAGAAGGUGGCGCACAUCGCCCAAGAGAUCAUGAGCUCCGAGAAAGUGUUUGUGGAUGUCCUCAAGCUUCUUCACAUUGACUUUCGGGACACCGUGGCCAAGGCCACGCGUCAGAACGGCAAGCCGGUGGUGGACGAGCGCGUCCUCAGCCAGGUCCUCUACUACCUGCCUCAGCUCUACCAGCUCAACAAGGACCUGCUGAGGGAGCUGGAGGAGAGAGUGGCGCACUGGAGCGAGCACCAGCGCCUGGCCGACGUGUUUGUGCAGAAGGGGCCCUACCUGAAGAUGUACUCCACGUACAUCCGCCAGUUCGACAACAACGUGGCGCUUUUGGACGAGCAGUGCCGCAAAAACCCGGGCUUUGCCGCCGUGGUGCAAGACUUUGAGACCAGCGGCAGAUGUGCCAGCCUUGCCCUCAAGCACUACCUGCUCAAGCCUGUCCAGAGGAUCCCCCAGUACCAACUGCUGCUCACAGAUUAUUUGAAGAAUCUGCCUCGGGACUCUGAGGACUACAAGGACACAGAAGCCGCCCUGAGCAUCGUCAAGGAAGUGGCCAACCACGCCAACGACAUCAUGAAACAAGGGGAUAACUUCCAGAAGCUGAUGCAGAUCCAGUACAGUCUGAACGGCCACCAAGAGAUCGUUCAGCCGGGCAGGGUGUUCCUGAAGGAGGGAACGCUCAUGAAGCUCUCCAGAAAGGUCAUGCAGCCGCGGAUGUUCUUCUUGUUCAACGACGCGCUCAUGUACACCACGCCCGUCCAGUCGGCCCAGUACAAACUCAACUGCGUGCUCUCCCUCGCCGGCAUGAAGGUCAGCAAGCCCAGCCAGGAGGCCUACCAGAACGAGCUGAACAUCGAGAGCGUGGAGCGCUCCUUCAUCCUGUCCGCGAGCUCGGCGACGGAGCGAGACGAGUGGCUGGAGGCCAUCGCCAAAGCCAUCCGCGACCACGCCAAGAAGAAGAUCAGCUUCACGUCCAGUCGCAGCCAGGAGGAGGGUGACGACUCGCCAGACAGCGGCGCCCCCUUGGGCUCCAAGGCUCCCAUCUGGAUCCCCGACCUGAGGGCCACCAUGUGCAUGAUCUGCACCUGCGAGUUCACCCUCACAUGGCGGCGCCAUCACUGUCGCGCCUGCGGGAAGGUGGUGUGCCAAGCGUGCUCAGCCAACAAGUAUUACCUGGAGUACUUGAAGAACCAGCCGGCACGUGUGUGUGACCACUGUUUUGCCAAACUGCAGGAGAACAGUGAGUACAUGUGUCUUCGUGUCUUUGGAUGGCCAUGUCACUUUUUUUUUUUUUUUUCCUCCCCAGACGACCGCCGCGCCUCGUCGUCGGCGUCUCCCAUCAAAUCCGGAGCGUUCUCCUUCACCAGGAAACAGAAAAAGAUCCCAGCUGCGUUAAAAGAGGUGUCAGCCAACACGGAAAACUCCUCCAUGAGCGGCUACUUGAGCAGGUCCAAGGGCAACAAGAAGCAGUGGAAGCGGCUGUGGUUUGUCAUCAAGAACAAAGUCCUGUACACGUACGCCGCCAGCGAGGAUGUGGCGGCGCUGGAGAGCCAGCCGCUGCUGGGCUUCUUCCUUCGGGAGGAAAAGAACGGGCCGGCGCAGAAGCUGCAGUUCAAGCUCUACCAUAAAAAUACGCUCUUCUACAUCUUCAGAGCCGACGACAUCCCCACCGCACGGAGGUGGAUUGAAGCCUUUCAAGAGGCCAUGAUCCUCGAGCAGUGAUGAGCCAGCCCACGGCCAAGCGGGAAGGCACGCACGCCGCUUCCAGUAGGAGAUGGGACACCCAUUGGCGUGGCAUUUCAAAAAACAAAAAAUGAAUGGGAGCUUUUUCUUCUUUUCCGUCUGAUGCUGCAGCUGCGGCCCGAAUGCCAAAGAAUGUGCGUGCAAGUGGACGAUUGCCCACCAGGAAAGCCCCGGUACGGAUCUGCUUAGUCAAAGGAAAUGAUGGGGCAAACUAGGUGGUGGGAAAUUCAAGCAGGUCAAGUAAAAGGAAGUUGCAAGAAGAGCUAUUCUUCUCUUUUCAUACAACGGGGUCCUGGACAAAACUGGAAGUGUAUCACGAAACCUCCGAACUCUCCCAAAUCUCGAUGGCAGACUCAGAAUUGAUCCGCGAGUAAUAUUUUUACGUUGACAUUUUUAUACAGCAGCCUAGCGCUGAUAUUGAUCAUGUAUGGAGAAGCAGGCCAGGCCAGGCCAGGGUCUGCUGAGUUUUUCUUUUAAUUAGGGGAGGGGUAUGCGGUAGCACAGGACCUUCUCCCCCCCCC